AUGCAGCAUUCAACAAUUCCUCAAUACCUCUUUCAAUCCGCCCAAGAAGGUCCCGUUGUGCUACCCGAACCUGAACCCGAACCAUCAGCAGCCUGGCAGGAACAUCUUUCACUUCUCGGCUUACCGCGAGGUGGACUCGAGGCCUUCAGAACGCUGAAUGAAUCCUGGCUGUACCAGAAAUCAAACUGGCCACCAGGUGUUGAGAAGUGGCUACAUCGGUACAUGCAUACGACAGAUCUGUACGAGGUAACCAAAUCAGAGGCACCAGAAUUUUCAAAACUGGUGGAUCUCUUCAUUGCUGCGUCAAGCCUACCUAGAACGAUCGCGGCUCGACAAAUUCUUGCUGCCAAGUGUCAGUCUUUUGUGAACGAAACAAGCAAAGCUUGGGCGAAAGAGGGAGUGAUUGAGGGGAAAUUUUGCGCCUGGAGAAAGAGAGCACAGUUCCAAGCGCUGUGGGGCGCCGAAACUGCAAAUUUGAAGCGACACAAAGUAGUUCUCGAGCAAACACCAUCUGAGCUCGAUUUUGGAGAUCCUCUUGAGAUGUCAAGGCGAAGUGCUACUUCUAAUAGCCGUGGCCUGUCAGAGGACAGUAUUCCCGCAAAAAGAACAGCAGAGGAAGAACGCAGCUCUAUCGAAUCCUCAAAGCGGGCUCGGCGUAGUUCAUCGCGGUUUGUGGAAGAUGAGGCUGGAGAUUUCAUUAUAGUUUCUCCAGCAAAUCGUCGAACGAGAGCGCCUUUCGAUGUCCAGAUAGAGGAAGAGAAUGCGUUAUCACCAUCGACAUAUGAUGAUCCUAAGUCACCCAUUGAAAAGAUUCAUCCGGACUGUGAAGUUUCAGCAGAGGGAGCACAGAAAGCCAUGGAUGUCUGGAACUCCCUUCAAUCUUCUGCCCUGGCUCCCAAAAUUGGAUUGCCUCAGACUUCCGAGUCGGAAUUUUCGAGAGGAAAAGACUCUAGCUCGCUUUCGACGAGCGAACGGUCCUCCUCGGUUGAAGAGAUUACAUGUCGACGAGUCUCUCCGGCAAGUAAGAGAGGCUCAGUAGGGUCUCUUGCUCCUGGCUCAGAGUGGUCUUCUGUGCAUGGAAGUGAGCAUGCGAGGACUGCUGCUGUCAGAACUCCAGGUUCUGAGACUCAGGCAGAUCCGAAUCCCAUAUCCCGGCGUUCCACUCCUCAAGCUCAGGUUGAUGCACACCACCAAUAUUCGACAAUUUCGCCAUCAAUUGGUCAACAGCGAACUCCCUUGCCAUCUCAAAGAGAGCAGAGUCCGUCACAAAUUCCGGCUACUGCUUCCAGGCCCACUACACAUCAAUCGCCUGAAAUGCCACUGCAGUCACCUCCCAUUUCUGGUCAGCCUCGGGAUCCAGCUGGUCGACCGCGCACAGGUGAAGCACAGGUCUCUGGUAUUCGUGAUACUUCCGUGGAAACUCGUUUGAACUCGUGGACCGUAUCAAGUCAAGAAUCCCAAAAUCAAAAAUCAAGAUGGGCGUACGAGGAUCGAGUUCCAGGUCCUCAAUCUCCUCGAAUUGAUCAUCCUCGAAAUUUCAAUUGCUCCCCUGUGACAAGCACUAUAUCAAGUAGUAGCAUGCCAUCGAGUGGUCCAGGUCCAUUUACGACCUUUCCGUCCACCUUUUCAGUACUCACGACGGAAUCUGUACAACAAAAAAACCAAGCCAAGACUGGCAAAAUGCGUGGAAGAAAGCCCGCAAUUCAUGAUGAUGAGCAGCCGAUUUCAAAUGCAACCAUAGUUCCUGAUCAAGCUGCGGAGAUAUCACCAAGUCUCUUUCAACAAGAUGGCCUACCCCGAGAGGCACCAAGCACGUCGCAGACAAAGCAAGCUGGUCUCCCUGCCCAGAGUGGACUUCCCGCGAUCCCUGUCUCUCAUGGAUUUUAUCAGACACAAUUGCCACCAAGACCUACGAUUACGCCUCCACCAGGACCUACCUCGCUACCUUUGGAAACUCCCCGACCUCGUUCCAUAGAAUUCACAAUCAACAAUGAAGCACAAAGCGACCUGUCACCUAAUGACUUCCAGUCACUUGUGGAUAAGUUCAAGCGCAACGCCAGAGCCAUCAUCACUGGUAUCAACAGCCCCAAUUGUGUAUACGAAAUUGAUGUGAUCAUGUUCGAGACCUUGCCCUGGUUUUACAAGUGGUACUCAGAUAAAACUGGUUUUAUCAACAUCGGUGCAUUGAGGUUCGAGCUGAUCGAUGUGCAUUGGCAGCAGGAAAACUCAAUUGUCGUUCCUCAGGGAAACCUUCAUUUCUUCCGAGCACUCAAGCAGUACAUAUGGGACUUGUAUUGGGUAGCAAUGGAUAUGAAUAAGGUUCGGGAUCAGUUCAGGGUCACCAUAUCACCAUAUCCGCCACGUGUAGAGGAUGGGGCUGCAAAUGCACGUGGAUGGAAAGCUGUGAACCCGAGCAAAGCUGCAGCAAAAUUAGCUUCGCCGCCCUCUUCGCAGAGAAUCUUGGUUGUUCCCACUGGUGUUCCCACGAGGUUCCAAACACAGGCUCGACCUUCACCUCCAAGCCAUGCUGGAUCGUUUUCACUUCCACCCCCGCCUCCACCACCGACAACGACGCAUCAAGUAUCACAUAGCGAACCUCAAGCAUCGGUGUACCAUGGCUCUCAGCGAUCUCCAAGUCUUUCAGAGAGCCUCUCAUCCCUGAAUGAGUUGGCUUAUCGACAUAGUCUUCAUUCAAGGGGCCUUCGCCCGCCGUCUCGCCAGAACGACACUGACUUCAGAAGUGUUGACGCGGCACCUCAACAGUCGCAAUCUUUGUAUAGCCCAGUGGAGCAGAGGAGAUCAUCAUGGGAUCAAACCCUGCUACGAGACUACGCAAGUUCAUUGAAAAUGCCCAACGCCGAACUCAUGCACGAAGAAUCAACUGUCAAAGACAAGCUACCGUACAAGAAUGGUUCCGAGGUUUGUGCGGUCGUCAUUGACAGGAUGAGUGGUAAAGGACAAGUUACAGUGAGCGGCAAGGGAUAUGUGACUCUCAACAUUCCUACCGGGCCUGAUGAGACAGGUGAUCGAUUCAAACAAAUCAUAAUACACCCGAAGCAGACAUGUAUGCUUCAUGGCGGAGCCGUCGCGCUCUAUUUCAAGCGGGCAUUUACUCCCCCACCUCCUCCACGGCCAUCGAUUCCCGGGGCUGAAGCCAAUAAUCGGUUUACGAAUGACGUUCAGGCUCAUAGCUUGUCGUACAAUCAAGGAACGUGUGUUACUGCAUUUCGUGACGACCGUCCACCGCCGCCUCCUCCGCUGUCGCAACACUCUCAAUGUCAACAAAUACUACAAAGACAAGAAAGUCAAUCAAGCUGCUCCAGCUCCAGCUUGGACAUCAAAAUCCGCGUCCAAGUCGAUGGAACCGGUAAAUUCAGUAUCCCAUUCGGGAAAUCCGUGCUCCGACCCAAAGUCACCACCACCGAAUUUUUCUCUUGGUUCACUAGCCAGGGCCGACAAGCGCCUCCUCAACCUCCUCGCCACCUGAAAUUUACUUUCAAGGACGCAAUGCCGAACCCUCAAGCUACCGAGAUCGUGGUUGGCAAUGAGGACCAUUUCAAUUAUAUGCGCAAGGAUAUCAAGGUGCAGUGCGAGAAGGCGAGGAAAUUCAUGCCCGAGUUGAAGGAGUUUGUAAUAUUGGUCACUGUGCCCGGGUGGACUUCAGCGGAGGUGGAAGAGGAGGAUGAUUGGUGA